AUGUUCUUUUCUCAAUUUCAAGCUGAUGAAGAUGGCUCAUCAAUUGCUGAGAAUAUUCAACCAGAAAGUGUAGAUCGAAUCGACGAAGAGAAUUCAUCGAUUACAGAUAUGAGUAACGAUGUGUUGUGUCUUGGUGAAUAUUCCGAGAAUCAUUCAGAUGUAAAUAAAAGCGUUGUACCUGAUGGUGUUACUGAGUCUUCGAUAACGAUCGUUCGAUCACAAGACAAGGCAACAUGUACAUCUCCACUGCACACAUCAAAUGCUGUCGAUUUUUCUACAUCUUCGAUUUCAUCACGUAAUAGAAAUCGUCUAAUAUCGAGAGAUUUUCAAAACGAAUUAACCUUUUGUUUAUUAGAAUGCUGUUCUAAAUCUACGCAAACUGAUGAUGUGAUUCCAAAACCUUCUUUGAAAAAAGAUCAACUUAAAGCAAAAAAAAAGAAAAUUGCUCGUCGUUUAAACUUAAGCAUCAAACAACUACGAGAGUGUAAAGAGAACAAUGAUAUCCGUAAAACGUGUAGAUCUAUUACCAAAUGUCUUUACCCAGAUGUACACAUUCGAGCUUCUAUGACAAUUUUGAAAAUGUCAAAUCAACUGAAAAAGGACAUUCGAGAUUACGCAAAAAUCUUGCAUCCUGACCAAAGUGAUGCACAAAAACAUUUCCUUCAUAACGCUAUCGGCAAUGUUUUUGCUUCAGCUAAAAACAAGAAAAAGAAAACUUAA